CAUCUCUUCCUCAAGCGGUUUAAGACAGAAGUAUCAUUCAGACGAAGAAAGCAACACACAGUAAACGAAGAACAACAGAAAUGGCAUCGAAGGGGAUUGCAGCAGCCGAUGGCACUUCCUUGACACCGGAGGCGGAGUGUGAACCGUUGACUUAUGAGAGGAGAGUCCGGACGGACUUGGAAACUCAUCUUCCUAAACCUUACUUGGCGAGGGGAUUGGUAGCUCCAGAUACAGAGCAUCCAAACGGGACGCUAGGGCACAGGCACCACGAUAUGACUGUUCUCCAGCAGCAUGUUGCCUUCUUCGAUCAAAAUGGUGACGGAAUCAUUUACCCAUGGGAGACCUAUGCCGGAAUGCGUCAACUAGGGUUCAACAUCUUAAUAUCCCUGUUGGCAGCCAUCGUUAUCAAUAUAGGGAUGAGUUAUCCCACCCUCCCUGGGUGGUUGCCUUCGAUUUUCUUCCCCAUAUACAUCCAAAACAUACACAAGGCAAAGCAUGGAAGCGACUCAGCAACUUAUGAUACUGAAGGAAGAUAUAUGCCUGUGCACUUUGAGAAUAUCUUUAGCAAGUAUGCUCGAACAGUGCCAGACAAGCUCACACUUGGAGAGAUUUGGAAUAUGACAGAAGGGAAUCGACUAGCGUUUGAUUUCUUUGGAUGGACUGCAGGGAAGAUGGAGUGGGCGAUAUUGUACGCACUUGCUAGGGAUGAGGAAGGUAUGUUGUCGAAGGAGGCGGUCAGGCGGUGCUUUGAUGGCAGUUUGUUCGAGUAUUGCGCCAAGAAAAACAGGGCGGCUGUAUACAACAAGACGUAUUGAACAAGGUGGUGUCUCUAAAAACUAUAUGCAUGGUGUUAACUAAGUUGUGUGUUGGUAGAUUGUUGUUAUUAUAUGUUUUUGUGGUUGGGAGGUUAGGUAUAUAGAGAAAAUAAGACUGUAAGAAAGAUGUUGCCUCUUUUGGUUAGAAUUAGUGUGUGUGUGUGUACAUAUUUGUGGUGUGGUCAAGUUGGUGCUUAUGUAUCAAAAUAUAUCAAAAAGGGAG